AUGCCGUCAACAACAUAUAACCUCCCAGGUCAUAGGUAUCGCCUACAUACACAAUUCACCAUCCCGAUGCGGUCUUCCAGUCGGCACAGAUAUCAGGGUACCAGGGCCAGAUACAGAGACGAUAAUCCCAGGUCUGCCGUUCUCACUGGCCAUCUCGUGCUUAACCUGCGAUGCCAUGGCACGGUGCGGGGGAAUCGGUUCGGUUCCGGUUCCGCGCCUUAUCGAUCCAACCAGCUUAGCCAGCUGGAGCCCUACAGGAGCUGCAGCACUGUAGUCGGCUCGGAAACGGUGUCCAGAGAAGACCGAAUCCAUAUGCAAAUGACAAUGACAUUUCCCACUCCCCAACAACGCAUCAUAAUAAUCGGCGCCGGCAUCGUCGGCGCCAACCUCGCCGACGAGCUCCUGGCUCAAGGAUGGCUUGCAGCCAACAUCACAGUGCUCGAGCAAGGCCCGCUCUCCUUGCCGGGCGGCUCGACUUCGCACGCCCCAGGGCUCGUCUUCCAGACGAGCCCGUCCAAGACAAUGACGCGGUUCGCACAGUACACGGUCCAGAAGUUACAGCGGAUCGAGAAAGAUGGGCAGAAUUGCUUCAAUCAGCUAGUCGAUGCCCGUCUUGUUGAUGGAGACGAGUGUCGAAGGCUUUACCCGCUUCUUAACAAGGAAAGUGAUGUUGUGCUCGGGGGUCUGCAUAUCAAGACUGACGGGCUGGCGCUUGCGGCGCGCGCGACGGGGAUUCUGAUUGAGAGGACCAGGGGGGCUGGUGUGAAGUAUCGGGAGCACACUGCCGUCACGGGGAUCCUUCAGGAGAACGGCAAAGUCAAGGGGGUGAGGACGAGCAGUGGGGAGGACUUGUACGCCGACAAUGUCGUUUCGUGCGCGGGCUUCUGGGGCGUCGAGAUUGGGAGGAUGGCUGGGGUUGGGAUCCCCCUGCUGCCGCUGGCACAUCAGUACGCAAAGACUAGUCCUAUCGGUGAACUGAGCAACCGUGAUGCGAACAGCCGGAUGAACGGGCUCAAUGCGACUCUGCCUAUCCUGAGACACCAAGACCAGGACCUGUAUUACCGCGAGCACGGCGACCGAGUUGGGAUCGGCUACUACGGACACAAGCCCAUGCCUGUCGACGCGAGGGCUCUCGGUGCGACACCCAAGCAUGUUGACGAAAAAAAUAUGCCAUCGAGACUCGAGUUCACAAGUGAGGACUUUGCGCCAGCAUGGGAGGAGACAAAGAAGCUUCUCCCUGCGCUGCGAAACGCACAGGUUGACGACGGGUUCAAUGGGGUCUUUUCCUUUACGCCAGACGGUGGGCCCCUAGUCGGCCAGGCGCCCAAUCUCGACGGCUUCUUUGUGGCGGAGGCCGUCUGGGUAACGCACUCGGCCGGUGUGGCGAGGGCUAUGGCAGAGAUUCUCACGAGAGGGUGGUCGAGCAUUGAUGUUUCGGAGUGUGAGCUAUCACGGUUUGAGCGUGUUCAGCUGAACAGGUCGUAUGUCGAGGAGACAUCACAGCAGAACUUUGUCGAGAUCUACGAUAUCAUCCAUCCCCUGCAGCCGAGGGAGUCGCCCAGGAAUCUGCGAGUUAGUCCAUUCUACGCGCAGCAGAUGCAGCUCGGCGCUGUCUUCAUGGAGCUAGGAGGGUGGGAACGACCCUUUUGGUACGGGGCGAACGCUCAUCUUCUGCAGUCUCUGCCCGAGCACUGGAGGCCAGUAGAGAGAGACGCCUGGUCGGCCAGGUUCUAUUCGCCCAUCGCGGCCGUCGAGGCGUGGAAGACGCGCAACGCAGUCGCCAUGUACGAUAUGUCCUCGUUCCAUCGGUUCAUUGUCUCGGGGCCUGGGGCCGUCGCUCUCCUGCAGGGCCUUGGCACUGUCGAUGUGGACGUACGGCCUGGGACGAUCGUGUAUGCCCUGCUCCUGAAUGAGAACGGGGGAAUCUACAGCGACGUCUUCGUGACCAGACUCGGCAGCUUUACCUAUCAGAUCGGCGCCAACACAGCAACAGACUUGGCAUAUCUAGCUCGGAAGGCACGGUACCAGACGCAGAAAUCCCCAGCAGACUGGGUCCACGUCGAAGAUGUGACAGGCGGCACAUGCGCCAUUGGCCUUUGGGGCCCACGCGCAGCCGACGUCCUACACUCAUUGCCCUUACCUAGAGAGACAGACAUCUCGAACAAAUCUCUCCCCUACAUGCGCGCCAAAGCCGUCACUAUCGCAAGCAUCCCCGUCACGUUGUUCAGGAAGUCCUACGUCGGCGAAUACGGCUGGGAAAUCCAGACCUCUGCUGAGCACGGCGCACGCCUGUGGGAGGCGAUUUUCAACGCAGGCAAAAGGCAUGGCCUCAUCGCCGCUGGUCGGGCGGCAUUCAACGCCCUCCGUAUCGAGAAGGGCUAUCGCACGUAUGGAGUUGACAUGACCACCGAGCAUGAUCCAUACGAGGCCGGGCUAGGAUCCGCCAUUGCCAACUUGAAGCUGGAGGGCACGAGUAAGAAAGCGGAAUUUGUUGGUAAGGCUGCGUUACGAGCUCGCGGCAAGAAAGCUCUAACCCGCCGUCUGACUUGUCUGACGGUUGAUGAUGGAAUGUCCAUGGUUAUGGGCAAGGAGCCGGUCUAUCUUAGCGGGAAUGCUGUAGGAUAUGUCACGAAUGCGGCUUUUGGAUAUACUAUCAGGAAGCCAGUAGUCUAUGCCUGGGUGCCUGCUGGGCUGAAUGAAGGGGUGGGCGUCGAGAUUGGGUAUUUUGGAAAGAAAAUUAAGGCCACUGUUGUUGGGGAGCCGGUGGUUGAUCCGGAGGGGAAGAGACUGGCUGGUCCGGCUGAGGAGGAAAAUAAGAUGAAGAGUCCGCUUAGGUCACUUCUAUAG